AGACGCGGGCCUCAGCGUAAUCAGGGUGUUCCAACGGAGAAGCGCUCGGCAAACGCUGUGCGACGUGCUGUGCUGCGUAGUUAUCCGAACGGCUUGUUAAAUCGAACGCUGCGUGUACGAGUGCUUCAAUCGGCGGUAAUCAUCGCUCCUCGUUGUCGCGGCUGGCUGGACCCGAUCAAGAAAAGAAACCCGGACCAUGCAUUUUCUGGAGACAUGGCUUUAUAUCCUGGCCAGCGUGCUGUGCUGUUCCUGCCAAGGAUCAGGGGAAGACCGUGGUCACGACGAGCAGCGGUUCACAGUUUUUGUUGGUGAACCUAUGACCUUCGGUGAAGCUCAUGACUACUGCGGAACCAACAAGUACCUGCUAAAUCUACAAGCCGCUGUGAAUGUGUCCCAUGUUUCAGCGAUGCUCCAGCGCCAUGGCCUCCAUUCUUCUUACGUAUGGCUGAAUAUGCGGCUGGUGCAUGGGUUCUUUCACUGGUUGGACCCCGUUCCUCAACUUUUCAGACAAAAUGCGUCCUGGCCAUACGGGAACAAGAUCAUAUCUCUCAGUUUUCACCAUGAAUGUGCCGUCCUAAACACGUCUGUCGGCUUCAUUGAGACAAGACCGUGCGACGACAAGCACAAGUUCGUCUGCAUAUACGACAACCAGCAGCGGUUAUUCGACCACUCAGCCGAGGCAUCCAGCGUGGAGCUGACGCCUAACCAGCCACCGAUUCUCCUGAGCAGAAACCUUGCUGACCUGAGGCUCACCUGCCAGGCCAAGUUGAGCAACGGUACCGUGCUUGAAGAGCCAGGUGGCUACGGGUACGCUUACGUGUGGACCAAGAACGGCAUCUUCCUCGACAACACCAACUCAUUUCUACAGCCAGAGACAGUUAGCGAGCUUAAUGCGUUCACGCACUUAGGCCCGUCUAAGCAAGGCAGAUACCAGUGCGGUAUGAAGGUGCUGCCCUCGGGCCACACCGUCUGGUCGCAAGUCAUCACCGUGGUCUUAGAAGACUUCGACAGCUAUCGUGUAACUGGGCAUUUGCAUGCUUCUGUCGAUCCUCAACCCAUACAAUUCGCUGGCAGUAGCUUUGUUUCUUUCGCAAGAAGCAUAGACAAUGCUUUGAAUCGCCAGCAGCCAAAUGACCUAGCUGGUUGGAGCUAUUCUGGACUAACAAAAGAUUACAUGAACCGUAUAAACAUCAGCAUAUUUGUUUACUAUCAACGAGCCCAACCUGCAUCGCUCGCAGACAGCGAAACAAGAAAGGAAAGCCUCUCCGAGGCCCUUCAGGACUUACUUGUGAUUACCAGUAUUACCCACGUAUUAAAUUGUGGCUUCCUGCAAGAAGAAAAAUCUACUCUCUCUCCUAAGGGCAUUGGUGGAUUCUUAGAGUACACACCGAACUGCCUUACUGCGUUCGAUGUGCGUACAGAUACACACCACCUGCUGAAUGGCACCUGGAUGGAGGUAUGGCAGUUGUGCAACAACAUGGGUGGCUACCUCUCCAGUAAUGAACACGGAUAUUGGACUGGCAUUGUCAAAAAGCAUGGUCAUCUUCAGUCUGACAGCACCGGGCAACCUGACGUUCUUGAAGCAUUACAAGUGUCUGAGUUGCUGGUACCAAUAGUCCUGCCCAUGGUUUCAGCGGAAGACGUUUGCUUCUAUGUCAGCCCAGCCCAGUCCCAAAAUCAAUCUGCUGAAGGUGCUAUCAUGGAAUCCUCGUGCUCCGACACACGGCAAGGGAAAUGCGAGUUUACGCACCGCUCUUUUUUUCGUGACCUGUAUCCUUGUCCAAAAGGAGGGUGGUUGGACUUCUCGAGCAGGAAUACCUGUUUGUGGCUCAGCUUAUCUCCAUUGAAUUACACGCAAGCCGCUGAGGAGUGUCGUGCUAAUAAAGGACACUUGGCUGUGAUCGAUAACUCUUCAUUGUCCUACACUCUCACACUACUGCUCACUCCAAGCAAUGUUCCACGCAAGUACGACCGCUUUUGGAUUGCACUUCAGAAGUCGUCGGGUGGUAUCUACAAGUGGGAGACCGGUCAGCCGUUGCGUGAUUUCGCCUGGCACCCCCGGACGAACUAUAGCCACAGUGCAGGCACUCUCUUCAUCGAUCGAUAUUACCUUCAAGGGGGUAUCUCCAUGCGAUAUUCUCUCGAGGAUCCAAGUCAGAAGCUUCCCUUUAUAUGCCAAGCUCCCCUGCGAACAGGAACACCAUGGCUGCGCGUUGAGCGCCGAGACAGGGGCCAGCGCAUGGUGCUCACGUGCCGCGUCUCAGCAGAAAUAAUUCCCGGCAGCGUUCUCUGGUACAAGGACGGCAUCGCAGUACUGGGUGACCGGGUCAGAACAGCUGACGGAAAUGACAUCGUUCUGGUUAUCGAGAAAGCUGCGCCAGAGAACUCCUACUUGCAAGGUUAUUACUGGUGCGAAGGUGUAAAUGUGGUCGACUUUCGACCGGUGGAGUCAAAGAAAUUACUCGUCCGCUUUCCAGGUGUGAAGACAUACGCCUGUAGCAUGUCUCUGAACGGAAGGAAUCCGCAACUUUACGCAUUCUCUUCUAACGAGGCGCUUCGGUUUGCUUCUAAUUUUCGAAGAGAAUUCUUGUAUGCGAUUCAUGACACAACGUUGGAAGGAUACCACAAUGAACUGCAAGUUGUGGGUGUUGUCCAAGACACAGCUACUGACGACGCCGUGAGGUUUUUUGUGUUCUUCAGGCAACUCGAACAGCUGUCAAGAAUGACAAAACAGGAGGAAGAAAUGGACAUAAUUCGAUCUCUUAGAUCAGCCGUAAUAAACAGCACUUCCUCACUGAUCACUUCUCCACGAGUCCUUCCCCACAAACUGAAAAUUAAGAGCACAGAGAUGUGCUUUGAAGACAAAACGAAGCUGGAAGAGACCCUGACGUGGCCAACGACUACUAUUGGAAGAGUUGCAGUUCCUCGUGAGGCAUGUAUUCAGGGUGAUGGUCAACCCGUCGUACGGCGCUGUGAAGGCAACUUCACGACAGGGGCCCACUGGGGGAAUAUCCAAGGAAUAUGUGAGCGCACUCCAUCUCAAACAACCGUAGACCUCCGCAACCUCUCUAUGGCAAUGGUCACCAACACGACCAUCGCUCCUACUGCUGAACGCCUCCGAGAGCUCACUGCGGACAGUGAUAACCUCGGUGCCCAGGAUGUGCUGUAUGUGGCAACGACCCUGGAGAACAUAGUAUCCGCUGGUACUAUCGAAAUACAGACCGCAAGGAACAUUGCAUCAACAAUCGAUCACGUAAUGAAUGUCAACAGAACAGCACUCCAGCAGUCUCGUUCUGGCAACUCGACAAAUAGAAUCCUCACUGCCAUAGAGGAGGCCUCCGCAGCGCUGUCCACAUCCACCGUGAUCUUCAGUGGUUCUGUGGCUGUGGGCAAGGUGGACAUCAUAGAAUACAACCGGGGCAUUGCCAUUCACCUGCGAGACAACAGUACAUACCACUUCAGUGACCCACAAAGCAUCCCCAGGGGCACUGACGCCGCAAUCAUUCUUGCCGAACCCAAUGCUUCCAUACCACAUCUCACGAUUGCACUGAUGCCCGCUGGUGCACUGUUCAAGGAAAUGUGCAGAAAUGACACCGAACACGAGGUUGAAAGAAAUGGCACCAAACUCGAAGUGGGAAAAAAUGACAGAAAUGUCGGCUCCACGUAUGAAGUGUGUACCCAAGUAUUGCAGGUGAAAUACACCAUUGAUGAUGGCACCGCAAAUCUGACCAGUAGUAAUGCGAGAUUCAGCUUCUUCUUUCGUCAGACAUGUGAUAUAUUACCUACUAAAAUUGAGUGCGUAUUCUGGGAUAUCAACGAAAAUGAGGGGCUUGGUUCAUGGUCUGGUGAUGGAUGCGAGUACCUCAACAUGGUGCAUGACUACCACCUCUGCAAUUGCACGCACUUGACUAGCUUCGCCGUCAUAUUUAGAUAUGACAAAAGCCAGGAAACAACGAACGUUCAUGAUACUGUUCUCAGCUACUUGACUUCAUUCGGGAUAGCUGUCUCUGGCUUGGGACUGUUCUUCGUCAUUCUCACAUACAUUUGCUAUAGAAAGUGGCGCAGAAGCACGGGCCACCAGAUCCUGUUCAACCUUUGCCUUGCACUUGUUGGAGCCCUUGUCUCCUUUGUGGUAAUGGCGAACAUUCCCAAGCAACUUGCCAGCCUGGUCUCCUGCACGUGCGUGGGUGUAGCUCUCCACUACUUCUUGCUCGUGUCCUUCUCAUGGACUUUCAUCGAGGCCCUGCUGCAGUACCUUCGAUUCGUCCGUGUUUUGGGAACAUAUGUGCCUAAUCUCGUGCUCAAGGCAGCCUUCGGAGCAUGGGGUGUUCCAAUGCUUGUGAUACUAUGCGUCCUUAUAAUAAACCCAAUGCACUACCACAAACGCAAAGACUUCUGCUGGCUAGAAGACAAGGCUCUGCUCUUCAGCUUCCUGUUGCCCGUGGCAGUGAUCCUGGCGGCCAACACUAUCGUGUUCUGCGUGAUAGUGUUCAACAUAUACUGCCGCCGUCAAACAGGGCUGCGCAGCACUCAAAGCCAAGUGGAGCUCGCCAAAGCACAGCUGCGUGCCACCAUCUGCAUCGUCUUCCUCCUGGGACUUACGUGGAUUUUCGCAUACCUGAGUCUUAUACGAUCUGUAUCACAUGAGUGGGGUCAUCUUUUCGAGUAUCUGUUCGUCAUAAGCAGCUCUCUGCAGGGUCUCGUUAUAUUCAUUUUUCACAUAGCUUAUGAAAAAACUGCAAGAGAGUUCUGGUUUGGUCAUGUUGUUUAUCGUCUAUGGCAAAGCAAAGAAGAGAGGACGGUUGACCAUGGUUUCAAGAAUACGCUGUCCUCAUCAGCAGUCAAGACUACAUCAACAUGACACCAUUCGGCUUCGGUUCAUUGGACUCGGUCGUUGAUGACGGUCCAGAGUUUGCCAUCAAGACGACGGCAAUUCACAAGAUGGUGGCUCCAUACCAAAAAUUCAUCAUUUUCUAUUGAGGUUACCAUGCCCUCUGGUUGAUUCUAUCUCACUGAGAACCCAUCCUACAUUGUGAGCCCAAACGCAUUCAGUACCGUUCCUGCUCUUGUGGGUUUAAUCACCUCUUAAAACUACCCUCAAAGGUUUAGUACAUAUGUGAUACUGUGCUAUUUACAUUUUUUGUGAAAUGGCUGCGAUUGUGCAUAAUAUUUUAGUUCGUUUUUGUGUCUACAAUGAGCAAUAAAGUAUUACCAACGAAGCA